UUCCCUCAAUCAUGACAGCAGAAAAACCCCCCGUGCUCUAUGGCUAUUAUCGUUCCUCGGCAACAUGGCGUGUCCGCUUGGCACUUGCAUGGAAGGGCAUUGAGUACGAAUACCGACCCAUCAACCUUCUCAAGCAAGAACAGCGCAGUGAAGACUUUGCCAAAGUCAACCCAAGCAAGAAAAUACCCGCAUUGAUCACUCCUGACGGCAAAGUGUUGACUCAGAGCAUGGCUAUUGUAGACUAUAUCGAGGACGCCUAUCCAGAACGUCCACUUUUACCCAAAAAUGAUCCCUAUCAACGCGCUUUAAUACGCGAAAUCGUCAACGAGAUUGCAUGCGACAUUCAUCCGAUUCAGAAUCCAGCCUUGGUUGCCGAGAUUGCCGGAGACGAUAUGGAAAAGCGUACCGACUGGUCGCAAGUGCAUGUUGUACGAGGUUUCGAGGCGCUGGAGGCCAAGCUCGCCACCAUCAAGCAAGAAGAUAUUCCAGGCAAAUACUGCGUGGGUGAUAACGUGACCAUGGCGGAUUUCGUGUUGGUGCCUCAGGUCUACAAUGCCAUGCGGUUCUCGGUGAAUAUGUCGCGUUUUCCUACCAUCUCGUCGAUCCAUAGCAACCUGAUGAGCCUACCAGAAUUCAUUGCCACGGCACCCGAGAAACAAGGCGAUUGUCCAGAUGCAAAGUAGAAUAAUGACUCUACUUCUUUGACAGCGUUUACUGGAUCAUGGCCAUCCAGUUAGUCUUUUGAAACUGGAAAUAAAUGGAGUUUUGUAGUAUUAUGU